CCAGUCGUCUCGGAUCCGGAAGAGCUUCAUAACGGUUUGUGGCAUAGUGAGACCAAGUAGAUUAUAGCGGACACCAUGGACGCAGACCACGCAAUGGACGACGCCUCUGCUGCGCCCCCGACGCAGUACGCGCAACAGAUUUCGGCCGCCGAGUUUAAGCGCCAGGCCGUGGAGUUCACGACGCAGGAGGUAGAGCGUCUGAACGCCGCCGUGCGUGCACAGCCGGAGAUCGGUGCGCGCUCCGAGUUUUUCCAAGACGAGGAGAACGUGGCGAAGGGACUGCCCGUUUUCCAGGGCAAACACACGCGGUUUGUAUACGACGAUGAGGACGAGGAGAUCGUGGCGGCUGUGGACGUGACGCAGGAGGCGCUGAACAACGGACCCGUGGUGCGCACAGUCGCGGAGCUGGACGAGGACGUUGACAGCGAGGAAGAGGAAGAAGAUGAAGAAGAAUACGAUGAAGAAGAAGAGCAGGACGAGGUGGUGCAAAAUACAUUCUACGAUGCAGAGCAGGAGGGCUGUAUGGCCGUGGACGACGCGCAUGUUAACGCACUGAUGGAGGACGUUGAGAUGGAGAUGGCUGCAGUGGCCAUCGAUGAGCAGAAACUGUUGGACGCGGCUUCUCAGAGACAAUAAAAGGGCUGAAGAGAGUGUGAAGACUGUAUUUUAGUGGUAGGAAGCAAGACACGAAAGAUAAUAGAACGGUUUAGGCUUGUGCAUAUCAUCCUG